AUGAGGCGAAUGCCUCCUCCAGCUUGGUAUUCUCAAAGCACCUAUUCGUUAAAUAUUAUUCCUGAAGAGCAUAUCCCGCCUGCAGAUUAUGACGAUGUCGUGCAUAAAGAGGUCGGCGAAUCGCUGGAUCGGCGCGGUAAGCCAUUGGCGGCCUCCGCUUACAACCUGAAUUUGACGCCUCCUCUGGCCGCAGUGGACGGUUUAAGCAAGGAAAACUUGAUUGAUGUACCACUAACUCUGGACAUGCGGAGGUCCUGUCACGACAUUUCGACUCCAAGAACGUCUUCAGAAAAAACUCAGUUCUUCUCGCGACCAUUUCGAGGGAUACCGUUGAAGAGGACGAAAAGCGUCAGUAAACUCGAGAAAGUCACUCAACCA